AUGUCUUCCGCUGCUAAUAUAUUUUUUUGCUGCCAGUGCGGCUGCACUUUUCCCUUCAAUCUCGCCAACGCCGUAAAUGGCGGCGACAUCAUCUGGUGCUUCCACUGCGGCAGAAGCGUCGUCCUCGCUAACCCAAACCCUGGAGUGGUCAUUUUCGGCGACGAGCAACCCUCAUCCAGUGACGAUGAUGAUCCAGACCCUGCGCCUUUCGACGAUGUUGACAUGUUCCCUUCCUCCAUCAUCGGAUUGCCCUCCGCGGGGUUCCUCAACGCCAGAGUGGUGUCUCUUGAUGAGUUAGAGCAAGAAUUCGAACAAUGGUAUGAGGAACCAAUCGACCUCUCUGCUUCCAGCUCCGGCACCCAGUCAGCUUCGAGGGCCGCCGUAGAGGCCCUACCGGACGUCAAGAUCUCCGUAGCAGCUCCGGGGGACGAUCCGGUCGAUUGCUCGGUUUGCAUGGAGUCGUUCGACGCAGGCGAGGCGGUGAAGCAGAUGCCCUGCAAGCACAUGUUCCACGACCGGUGCAUUCUCCGGUGGCUCGACUGCCACAACUCCUGCCCGCUCUGUCGAUAUGAGCUGCCCCGAUGA